UAAAAGCACAUUAGAACGUCCACAAAAGAACCAUCCCGACAUUCCUUUUCCUGCUUUUCAACCCACUAGUGAGCAGAAAGCUCCUGUUUUUCUUUUCAAGAUAGAAAAUCAAUUUUUUUAAUAUUAUUCUUCUAUGCAAUUCUUCUAGCUAGAUAGUACUCCAUCAUCUGAUCUCUCCAGCUUCUUCUUCAAUUCAUUCAUGGAUCUUGCUCAAUGGCCAAAGGAGAUAGUGGUGAAACAAAUGGAAGAAAUAGUACCACCACCAAAUAAUCCAAUCAAUAAAACUGGAGGUACUACUGGUACUAAUACUACUACAAGUGUGGAGAGAAAGCUGCAGGUAAGGCCACAGAAAGAUCAGGCUGUGAACUGCCCAAGAUGCAACUCUACCAACACAAAGUUUUGCUACUACAACAAUUACAGCCUCUCCCAGCCAAGGUAUUUCUGCAAGACAUGCAGGAGGUAUUGGACUGCUGGUGGAUCACUGAGGAAUAUUCCAGUGGGGGGAGGUUCAAGGAAGAACAAGCUCAGAUCUCCUUCCUCCACUGCUGCUUCUGAAGUCAAGAAGCUGCUUCCUUCAGAUCUGAUGGUGCCACCUAUCUCAUUCCCACUUCACCAUCAAAACCCUAACAAGAUCCAGCAAGAUCUCAGCUUGGGCAGCUUCUCCCAUCAUCAAGACUUGAAGACUAUAGCUGAGCUGAUCCAAGUCCCCAACUAUGAGAGGAACAACAAGGAGGGUAUCCAUCAUCCUCAUCCUCAAAACCAUCAUCAUCCUCAAAACCACCAUCAUCCUCAAAACCACCAUCAUCCAUCAUCAACUUCUGCAAGUCAACGCCUUUCAGCUUUGGAGCUGUUGACUGGGAUGACCUCAGCUCAAUCAUCAGCAACAACAAGAGGAGGGCUGAUUAGUUCAUUCCUGCCCAUGCCCAUUCCUGAUCCAAACAACAACUCAGUCUACUCAUCAUUUUCUCAUCAGCUGCAUGAUGAGUUCAAGCCAACCCUAAGCUUCUCCUUGGAUGGGAUGGGGAAUGGGGAUGGAGGGUAUAAUGGUCAUCAUCAUCAUCUUCAAGGCAUGCAAGAGACAAGUGGUAGUGGGGGUGGAAGUGGAAGGCUUUUCUUCCCUUUUGAGGAUUUGAAAAGUGGAAGUGCAGGUGGUGAUGAUGGGGCUGGGGAAGACAGAGACCAGCCAUCUGGAUACUGGAAUAAUGGAGUCUUGGGUGCUGGAGGAGGUUCUUGGUAAAUAUAUUUAUUAUAUGCAAAAGUUUUAUUUAAUUUCAUCUAUCUCAGGCCAGGUUUUCUUUCUUUUUCUUGGGAGGGGAAUUUUUAAAUUUUCACUGUUUCCUUUUCUUUUUAGUGGUCAUUAUUCUUGUUUAGUGUUCAAAUAUCUUGGAUGAAAAACUAACAUAUAAUGAACGAUUGAUAUAUAUUAUAUACGAGUGGAAAAUUAAACAAGAGUAGG